AUGAACCAAUUCAGCAAGGAUGAAUAUGCUGCAGAGAGGGAGAAAAACCAAUAUUUUCCUUUCACUAGCAAACUGGACUGGGAGAUGGCAUCGUUUAUUCUUCGGUCUGAUCUUAGCAUGGCCGAUAUUGACGAGUAUCUUAAUCUCAAAUUUGUGAGAUGUGCUGAAUUGCUCCCAGCUCCCCCUCAAUGGAAGUAUCAAAGGGUCACUACUGAGUUUCCAAUGACAAAUACCCUUCAAAUAUUUUAUUGGGAUGCAAUCGAGUGCUUGCAGUCACUUCUCAGUCACCCACUGUUGGCCGCCAGCUUUGAUUUCAUCCCGCACAAGGUUUACAAGUCUGCUGAAUGUGCUGUUUGA